AGAUGUUCCAAGUAGCGCGAUAUGCAGCUGUAGCUCCGGAAUGCCAGCGAAGAGAUUAUGGCCGAGGUAGCUACGUGUGUGUGUGCAACGUAACGUACUGCGACUACAUCGGUGAUAUCGGACCCUUGCAGAAUGGAUCAGCAGUGGCGUUUGAAAGUACUAAAGAUGGCCUCAGGUUUGCCAAAACCGCCAUACCUCUUGGGAGGGCACCGGACGACGGUAACAGCAACGAAACCCUCCUGAUUGUGAUCGACUCUUCAAAAGAAUACCAAGAAGUUUUUGGGUUCGGAGGUGCCUUCACCGAUGCCGCCGGAAUAAACGUGAAAUCUCUUCCGGCCAACAUGCAAGACGAUAUCCUCAAGUCCUACUACGCAAAAGAAGGAAUUGGGUACACCAUAGGCAGGAUUCCGUUGGCCAGCUGCGACUUUUCUACACGCAAAUACACGUACGAUGACUCUCCCGGCGACUUCGAGCUUACCAACUUCACGCUCGCUCAGGAAGAUUUCGACCUCAAGAUCCCGUACAUCAAAAAGGCCCUGUCUCUGUCAAGCGAGCCCGCGUGGUUCUUCGGAAGCUCCUGGAGCAGCCCCGCUUGGAUGAAGACCAAUAACGCGCUUGAAGGGCGAGGGUUCCUAAUCGGCGAACCGGGCGGACCCUACUACAAGGCUUGGGCAAAGUAUUACGUCAGAUUUCUGCAGGACUACGAACGGCUCGGAAUUCCCAUCUGGGGUUUGACGACUCAGAACGAACCAACAACCGGUUUUGUGCCUGGCUUCCGAUGGCAGACACUGGGCUUCACGGUCAACAACCAGAGAGACUUCGUCAAGCUAGACCUCGGACCUGCUCUAGCCGAAGCUGGUUACGGCGUCGACAAGCUGCAGCUCAUGAUUCUCGACGAUAAUCGCAUCGUCCUUCCCCACUGGACAGACGUGGUGUUGGGCGACCCUGAAGCGGCCAAGUACGUCGGUGGAGUUGCUGUUCAUUGGUACAUGGACAGUUUCAUCGGCCCUUGGGUGCUGGACAAAGUGCACGAGAGUUUCCCGGACAAAUUUAUCCUUGGCACCGAAGCGUGCACUGGUGCCGCAAUAAAACCAGAAGACAAGGUGAAGCUUGGCAGCUGGGAACGUGCUGAGUUGUACGCCAGAGACAUCCUCGAGGAUUUCAACCAUUGGGUUAGCGGAUGGACCGACUGGAAUCUUGCCCUUGACACAGAAGGUGGUCCCAAUUGGGCAAACAAUUUCGUUGACUCACCUAUCAUAGUGAAUGCAUCCGCUCAAGAGUUCUAUAAACAGCCAAUGUACUACGCGUUGGGCCACUUCAGCAAAGCCCUUCCGAGGGGCAGCGUUAGGAUUCACUCCCAACUGGAGCAACCAAGUUUUCAGGUAGCGAUGAACACGACGGCUACAAAGCUGGAAUAUGCGGCGUUCAAAACACCUGAUUCGGCAUUGGUUGUGAUUGUCCUGAAUAGACACAAUGACGAGUUCACACUAAAGAUCAAGGAUGCGUGCGGCACUGGCAGCGUCCAAAAGGUUAUCAAGGAGCGGUCGAUAACAACGUUCAUAUGGCAGCCAUAA